AUGCGGGGCACCGCCGGGCUGCUGGCGCUGGGCGCUGCCGCCGGGCUGCUGGCGGGCGGCGGCGGGCGGUGGCUGGGCCGCCUCCUUCACCGCCUCCUCCUCCUGCCGCCGCUCCGGGCGGUGCGGGCUCGCCGCGCCCUGCCCGUUGAAGGGAAGGCGGUGCUCGUAACAGGCUGUGACAAAGGUUUUGGACAUGCCUUGGCUAAACAGCUCCAUGCAAAGGGAUUUACUGUUUUCGCUGGAUGUUUGCUAGCGGAUAAGAAUGGAGAUGGAGCCAGGGAGCUGAAGAACAUGAAGUCAGAUCGCAUGAAAGUGCUACAGAUGAAUGUGUGCAGUGACGAGGAGGUGGCUCAGGCUGUGGAUUUUGUGAAGAGGACCCUGAAGGACCCAGAGGAAGGUCUGUGGGGCCUGGUGAACAAUGCUGGUGUCUCGACCUUUGGAGAGGUGGAGUUUGCAAGUUUGGACAACUACAAGGAGGUGGCAGAGAUCAACCUGUGGGGUACCGUGAGGGUGACGAAGGCUUUCCUGCCUCUCAUUCGCAGAGCUAAAGGCCGUGUGGUGAAUAUCACCAGCAUGUUAGGACGGAUGGCGAGCCCAUCCCGCUCCUGCUAUUGCGUUUCCAAGUACGGGGUGGCAGCCUUCUCUGACUGCCUGCGGCAGGAGAUGUACCGCUGGGGUGUCAGGGUCAUCCUCAUCGAGCCCAGCAACUUCGUGGCCGCGACCGGCAUCCUGACCGAGGACGGCAUCGACAGGCAGGCCGAGGCGCUGUGGAGCGGAGCCGGCGACACGGUGCGGGAGGACUACGGGCGCGAGUACUUCGCUCGCCACGUGGCCACGAUGAAGUCCUUUGUUAGCAGCGGCCUGAAGGACAUGUCUCUGGUGCUGAAUGACAUCAGCGAUGCGCUCACCUCCACGCGUCCGAACAACCGCUACAACCCCAUGGAGACCUGCUGGUGGGUGAGGCUGCAGGUCAUGACUCACCUGCCCACUGCCCUCGCUGACUGGCUUUACGUGCCCGGAGCCACGCUGUGAAGGGCUCUGCUUCAAGCAUCCUUCCAGUGCUUGUAUGUAUGCACGGCUUAGAGCUCACUUAGGCCUGUCCUGCACCUGCUGCUGAUGCCUCUCCCCUGUAGGUGCCUGUGCUUUCGCUUUGGGUUAUGGCUUCAGUUUGUGUGUUGUGGGAUGCUGAGAGAAGCAUGGCUUUUCUGUCUUAUCCCUAAUUUUGGUCGUUGUGUUUCCUGUUGCCCUGAUUAAAGUUGAAAGAUAUUUUCCUUUUAACCGUGGAGAAGGCAGAGGAAGGUUAACAUAAUGGGUCAAAUAUGUGGCUGGUGUAACUAGGUCAGCAGAGUUCCCUUAGUGAUAAAUUUGGCUCUUUAAUGGGCUCUUGCUUUUCCUUACAAGGACGGGCUGGUAACAGCAGAGCAAAGCUGUUGCUAUGAGAUGUCUCAAAGGGAAAAAUCUAAAAUGGGAAACAAAAGCUGAGUUUUCCAUUUGAUUCAAAAUGGGUCAGUCACAGCCUUGCUUUGUUUUGAUGGUACUGGUAGGAAGCUCUGCUACUCCAUGACUGCCUGCUCUUUCCUUGAAGACAACACCAGUGCCUCUAAACAGCCUCAUUACCAACUGCAGGGCAGGGUUCAUCCCUCCCAGCACUGCGGCCAGGGGCUGCCAGAGCCAGUGACUGCAGACAGACGGGGCUGGGCAAAGCCCUGCUAACAAUGGGCGAGGUCUGAGCCAUCCCUCAGGAUGCUGGGCCUGCAGCCUCUCUUCCCCCACUGCAGACGAGGUUUGUGGGACAGGCUUGAAUCUGGUGUAGCAAACAGAUUUGCCACCUCUAACUGCUCCAUCAGGUACUGUGCAGUCAGAGCGGCCUGACUACGAGCUCUGGAAGGGUGCUUCAGGUAACACAUUUCCUUUACUUAAUAUCGCACAAGGAAAUUUCCAUUUCACAUGUGAUUGUCUCCUCAGCACUCCUGAUAACUGGUAGGAGCUACUUUUGCACAGUGUCCCCAGGGGUCUCUCCUGUUGGCCAUAUCCAGGACUUUGAGGCAUUUUUCCAGGUGCCAGGGCUGCUGGGCUUCACAGCACGCUCCUUUCUGAGCAGUGACCUCCAGCAAAGCUGCUAGUGGGAAUCUGCUCUCACACUCUACAUGCCAGUUUCCCAUUCAGCUGCUAAACUUGGUUCUGUUUUUAACUAUGUGUGCUUAAGUGACUAUGAAAAGAGCUUGCCAUUUGUUCUUCCCUCAUCUGUCUCAGCUAGCUGUGACUCGGAAGCUGUGCCAUAAACUUUUUAUAUGCCAGUGUCUGUGACUGCUUGGAGUCUGGGUGCAGCUGUGAGUGCUGUGAUGCCUGAGGAGGAAAGCAGGCUUCCCCUGGAGAUGCUGUGGAGGUAGCUUGUAUUACAAGUAACUACAGAAAGUGCCAGCCAUGCAGUUCUUCAUUCUAGAUCACCAGCACGUGGAGGUUGUCUGGUUUCCAGGGCCAAGAGCAAUCCCACUGAGCCUCAGCUUGUUUAAACAGUGUUGAAAUCACUUCUACCCCAGCACUGUGAAAUGUGAGUAAUGAUAAGGAGCAAUGAUUUGCACAGAGAGAAAAAUAAACUGUGAGAUUUGUGAAGCACA